AUGGUUAUCAAGUCGCCCCACGCUGAUGUGGCCAUCCCGAACGUAGAUAUAUGGUCACUUCUCUUCGACAGAAAGAACAGGACGAGUGCCGAUGAUAAAGAGAUCUUCAUCGACGGCGAGACUGGACGUUCGUACAACUUUGCCCAGCUCAAGACAGCCACAAUUGAGUUCGGCAAGGGGCUCAAGUCGCAAUGGGGCUUCAAGAAGGGUGAUGUUCUUGGCGUCUUCUCUCCCAACACCAUCGACUACGGUGCUGUAGUCUGGGGUGCUUUGUGGGCAGGCGGCGCCUCGUCGACCGCCAAUCCCACCUACACUGUCAAGGAGCUGGCUUUCCAACUGAAAGACUCGAGGGUAAAGGGCGUGGUGACACAGCUCCCCAUGCUUCCCGUAGUACUCGAGGCAGCCAAGCAGAUCGGACUACCCGAGGACCGCAUCCUUUUGCUCGGUGACGCCAGGGAUUCCACGGGCAAGUUCAAGCACUUCACCGAGCUUCGAGACACCAGCCUCUUCGGCCAGUCCAAGACAAAGGUUGACCCACAGAAGGACCUGGCCUUCUUGGUGUACAGUUCUGGAACCACUGGUCUGCCAAAGGGAGUCAUGUUGAAGCACUCGAAUAUCGUCGCAAACGUGAUCCAGUCCACUUCGGUUGAGAAGCGCAGCGGUCUGCAUUCGCUUGGAGGGCCGGAUGGAAAGGGCGAUAAGCAGCUAGCCGUACUACCGUUUUUCCAUGUCUACGGUUUAACCAACAUUCUGCACUCCACGGUCUGGGACGAGUAUCAAGCUAUUGUUUUGCCCAAGUUUGAGCUGGAGACGGCAUGCAAGCUGAUACAGGACCACGGUAUCACAUUCGCCUACGUGCCGCCGCCCAUCAUUCUCGGCCUCGCAAAGCACCCUGUUGUCGACAAGUACGACCUAUCCAGCCUCAAGUGGCUCAACUCGGGAGCAGCACCACUUACCCAUGAGCUGAUCAACGGAAUCUGGGAACGCUUGACUAUUCCAGUCAAGCAAGGGUAUGGGUUAUCCGAGGUCUCACCGGUUUCCCAUCUGCAGACAGUCCUUGAAUGGGCGAGAUACAAGGGUGCUGUAGGCAAACUCAUGCCGAACAUGGAAUGCAGGGUUGUCGACUUGGAAGGUAACGACGUUGCAGAUGGCCAGGAGGGUGAAAUCUGGCUCAAGGGCCCCAAUGUAUUCGAUGGUUAUCUCAACAGGCCGGAGUUAGCCAACGAUACCUUCAGUGCUGAUGGUUUCUUCAAGACGGGAGAUAUUGGCUACGUCGAUGCCAAAGGCAACUUCUACGUUACCGAUCGAUUGAAGGAACUGAUCAAAUAUAAGGGUUUCCAAGUUCCGCCGGCAGAACUUGAAGGUGUCCUUCUUGGACACUCGGACAUUGUAGAUGUCUGUGUGAUCCCAGCGUUCGACAACGAGCGUUCUACCGAAGUUCCGCGCGCCUACGUGGUAUUAGCAGCUGGCGUUGACCGUACCGAGGAGAAGGCAAAGGAGAUUGUAAAAUGGACAAGCACCAAGGUCGCCCCCCACAAACAGCUCCGCGGUGGAGUGAGGUUUAUCGACGAGAUCCCCAAGAACGCUAGUGGAAAGCUGCUGCGGAGAGUUCUCAAGGAACAGGCGAAGCAAGAAGACCGAGCCCAGGGGGCGAAGUUGUAA